GCAUCAGUGCUCCCUAUGCGAGAGUGGAAGUGGGAAGGCCCCGUGGGUCCUGGGCUGCAGGAGAAUCCGUCGCCCCAGGAGCAGAGACUGGGAAGCACACAGUAAGGGCCAAGGGUGGACUGCGGUAGCUGCUCCGACCCCACCCCCCACCCCUAGGCCAGGUUUCGCUUCUCCCUGAGAGCCCUGGGGCAACACCCCCUGUCCUUUCCCUCGCACCCCCAUUUUUAAACUUACGUGAGAGCUUUCGGGGACCGGCUGCGGGCAUCCCUUUCCCUAGCCCAGUGGGUGGUGGAACCGGAGCCCAGGAGUCCAGCCCUCUGGCCCUGCGCCUCCCUGGCUAAAUAGCGCCCUGUGGGGAGGAAGCGGGGCCCCAGGCGGAACCGGGAAAACACACCGGGACUCUACAAACCCGGCCACUCCCACUGAAUUGGGAAAGCGGUUAACAGAGGUCGUACCGCAUUCUGCGCCGCGUCCCUCUUCCUUCAGUCCCGCCGCAUGUCCCCGACCAGAGGUGGCCUCCUAGAAGGGGAGGUCCCCAAACUCGAGGCCCUGCGUGUAGGGGAGGGGAGCGCCCGCCCCUUCCCCGCCGCUGCGAGCGCCCCGGGAGGGGACUCGGGCUACCGUCCCUCCGCCUCUUCCCCCGCGGGGCGAAGCGAUGGCUCGGGCCGGGGCCGGGACGCUGCUGGCGCUUUGGGUGCUCGGGGCUGCCGCGCAUCCGCAGUGCCUGGACUUCAGGCCGCCCUUCCGGCCGCCGCAGCUGCUGCGCCUCUGCGCGCAGUACUCGGACUUCGGCUGCUGCGAUGAAGGGCGCGACGCCGAACUGACCCGCCGCUUCUGGGACUUGGCGAGCCGCGUGGACGCCGCCGAGUGGGCCGCGUGCGCCGGCUACGCGAGGGACCUGCUGUGCCAGGAAUGCUCUCCAUAUGCAGCCCACCUCUAUGACGCUGAGGACCCGUUCACACCUCUGCGCACGGUGCCCGGGCUCUGCCAGGACUACUGCCUGGACAUGUGGCAUAAGUGCCGGGGGCUGUUCCGUCACCUCUCAACUGACCAGGAGCUUCAGGCGCUGGAGGGCAACCGUGCCAGGUUCUGCCGCUACCUGUCCCUGGAUGACACGGACUACUGCUUCCCUUACCUGCUGGUCAACAAGAACCUCAACUCAAACCUGGGCCAUGUGGCGGCCGAUGCCGAGGGCUGCCUGCAGCUGUGCCUGGAGGAGGUGGCCAAUGGGCUGCGCAACCCCGUGGCCAUGGUCCAUGCCAGGGAUGGCACCCACCGCUUCUUCGUGGCCGAGCAGGUGGGGCUGGUAUGGGCCUACCUGCCCGACCGCUCGAGGCUGGAGAAGCCUUUCCUGAACAUCAGCCGGGCGGUGCUCACCUCGCCCUGGGAGGGUGACGAACGUGGCUUCCUGGGCAUUGCCUUCCACCCCAGCUUCCGGCGCAACCGCAGGCUCUACGUCUACUACUCAGUGGGUAUCCGCACCAGUGAGUGGAUCCGCAUCAGCGAGUUCAGGGUCUCUGAGGAUGACGAGAACGCCGUGGACCACAGCUCUGAGAGAUGAGAAAGUGGAGGCUUAGAGAGGUGAAGUGUUGGGUCACACGGGGAGGGAGCGUCAGAGCUGGGAACCUGAUCUGUUGUCUCCAAAGCCCACCCUCUGCCCUCUGCCCCAGCCGCCUGCCUCACUCUGGCCUGAAGCAUUAGUUUUGACUAUGAGCUUCCCG